GGCGGAAAUGAGUUGAAUCAGCCAGAGGGAGAGCGAGAAGAAAACAAACAUGGAAAACAUGGCGCGACAUCAAAACGUGUAGAGAUCACCGACCACGUUUUCUCUUUCCCUGCCAUAUUACAUUCAUGACGGCCGAGUUCAAAUGGACGGAAACCAUUCCGAGGCCACGACUCCUGGAAGAAAAGGCAAUCUGACUGGAAGUGCCAGAAAACUGAAGGACGAUGCAGCAGACUGGCAUAACCUUAUCCUGAAGUGGGACCGUCUGAAUGACGAGGGAUCUACCACUGCAACUAAAAUCGUCAACUGCAGAAUAAGUGAAAAGUCCGUGAAGGAGCCUGAUGUGGUUGAAGAGGACGGCUCAUCUGUAGCUGCUUCAGAGAGAAGAGUGAAUAAGAGCAGUCAGGAGCUACAGGAGGAAUGCGUCAAUCUACAGAACAUUGUAGACAAAAUGGCUCACGUCCUGUCCAAAAUGGAGAAGAUGGUCUCUGCUGAGAAGGGAAUAUGUGAACUGGAGAUGUUUCAGUACGGUGCGAAAGGAAGACCAGCACCACUAUUUCAAACUUGGUCUACCCAACAGUUUGCUGAAGUGUCAUCCAGGCUUUACGAGGCCUACAGGCAGGAGCUGGCCCUCAAGCAAACCAUCCUGCAGGAACUGGCCCACACAGCUAACACUGAUCUCUCCAUGGUCUACCUCUCCUCCUGGUUGUAUCAGCCCUACAUUGAGGACAGCACAAAACUUCUGUUAGAGAGCUUACUAAUGGAAACGGGUCACAGAACGCUAUGAUUCAGAUUGGUGGCAGUUUUUCCAUACUACACUAGGACUUGGAUGGAAAGUGAGAGCGGAGGAAUUUCUCAUAAAUAUAGGAUUUCAGAACCGGAGAAACUUUUUCCUGGAAGCUAGAAAUAUUUUAAGUACUAAUGGAACAUACGGAAAUGGUGUCAUGAGUAUGCUGGGAUUAGCUUGCAUGUGGAUUACACAGCAUACUGUGGGGUCGUACAGUUGUUGGCCUAGUAAAAAUGGCUGUCAAUCAUGAGAGUUUGUGACAUAUAGUGUGAUGUUUUUCUAAAUUAUAUACUGGCCAGUUUCCCAGACCCUGAUGAACCGUAAGCCUAGGCUAAAAAGAUUUUUUCCAUGGUGAUUUCCCAUUGAUGCUUAGUGCAACACUGCUUAUUCCACAUCCAAGAAAGUGGCUUGUUAUCAAGUUGGAAAGUUCAGCAGUCAGCUAAGAAAUAGCUCAGCUAUAAAGACAAAUCUUCACUGAACCGAAAGUCAGAUGGAAUGUUUCACUAAAACCUUCACAGGCCUCAGCAUUUCAUCUUUUAAAGAAUGAUGAAUUCAGUCUUCAGUACUUCUAUUGCUGUGUAUGGCAAAGCUUAAAAAAGCAAGCUUUGCCAGGCUGAUGUGUGCAUUGUUAUGUUUACUAUAGAUCCCGAUGCAUUGCCAGAAAUUAUGGCAAAUAUUGACAAAAAAAACAUGUCAACAUCAUCAUCUAAAUGAUACAUCAACAGCCCAUUAGGCCCAUUUCUGUAUUUUUGUACAAUUAUAUAUCCUGUUAUUUCUAGGUUUUACACAAUGCAGCUUCAUUCAAACAAAUAUUUAUCUAUAAACAUAUGCUUGAGUUUUUUUUUUUUUUUUUGGCUAUAGCUUUUACAAGGCUAACUAUUGGAAAUGAUACUGUUGUAUCAGUUUCUGAAACUGCUCUUUUUGUGCGAGUUGGAAUGUUGAAUGGCGUUUUGGAAUCUCUUGAUCAUUUUCCAAGUGGUUAUCCUCGAAACAUCUGUCACUUCUCAUUAUUUCAUAUAAUUGUGAUAUUUAUACUAUCAUCUACACAAAUGUAAAGUUUUUGUGUUUCUAUUUUCAUUUCUACAAUAUGCAGUGGAGUGACUUGCCCAUUUAAGCAACUGAGCACUGCUUAAUUAAAAUGGACAAAUCUA